AUGAAGCUUUAUAUGCUUAUCAUUACAAUUAAUCAUGAAGUUCGAUAAUUUUCAAUCCGAAUGUAAAAUCACGCAGAUGUGAACUAGCCAACCAGACAAUUAUAAAUUUACAGAUAGCAACUCUCCAAAGAAUUCUUUGGAGGAAGGUUUCGAAUUGGUUUGAAAGUAAUAAAGCUUCAAAUAUUUUGUGCUGCCUUAAAUCUUCGAUAAACCACCCAUAGAAUUUAUUAAAUAACUGGGGAAAAAGCAAUCAAUUAUUUAUUCUAUCAAUCACAAGGACUAAUAAUUUAAAAAUGUAUUUUAACUUAUACCUUUUACUUUAUAUUUUUUAGUACUAUAUCAUUUACAUUUGAGUUUGGAGAACAGAUCUAUUUAGCAAUUAAGGUUUUAAUUACAUCACUUGUGUUACGUCUCAUGAUUUCACAAAUUUAAAAAUAUAUUUUUGGCAAUUAAGAGAGAAGACAGAUUGACAUAGAAAUUAAAUGGCUAAAAUGAAUUCUUAUAUGAACAAAAACAAGAUAAGUUUGAUUCUUUAGAUGAAAAUCAGGAAAUAUUUUGUUCAGAAUUGUUGAAGGAUAAUCUUAAUGAUUAUUUCAAAUUGGAAUUAAGAAUAAGUUCCUCUAAGGCCUAUUCCCACUAAAGAAAUAAGAGAAUUGGACCUUGAGUGGGUGCAAUGACAUCUAGAGAAGUCGUACAAUAAUAAGGGGAAAGAGGGUGGGGUUUAAAAAUGAUGGAGGCCCAAGACACAGUGGAACCUGGUUGCCAGAAGGAGAUGUUGAAUCGAAUUGUGGUUAGGAAAGAUUAAAAUGACACAUAAAACCAUUCAGUUUUAAAAUACUCAUCCUGCUUAAAUGAAAUAUUCUAAUUGUAAAAUCAUUUUAAUUAUAAAUGAAUAUUGAA